GCGGGAAUAAUGCCAGAGUAGUGUGUGGUGGCGCGCUGGUGCGAGAGGCAAGUGAAGGAGGGUGUGUGUGCCGCAUUGGGACGUGCUCCAUUUCAUGUGUGUGACAAAGUUAUAGCUUGAUUUUCUUUUUAUGUACCACUAAAGAAGAACAUACAGUUUUUUGCUGACUCCGGAUUAUUCUAUAGAUAUAUUAUUUAUUUUAUUAAGUGUGAAAAUGUUCGUAUUCAGAAUGUCACAAAGUAUUCGGCUCAGCUGUCCCUUUUCAAGCAUCAUCAGUAGUCUCCUAAUCGCAACGAUUUUGACUGCAGGAGGAGCGGAUGGGUUGGAGAUAAACCCAGUGACGACAGUGCUGCCCCUCGUGAUCAGAAACGGCACCGUUAACAACGUAGUGCUGGACUGUGACUACGCGUUAAACGAUGAUGACUACGCGACUAACGAAAAGAAUCCGGGGGCUCUCGUUGUGAAAUGGUUCUUCAACAACGACCCCGCGCCAGUGUACCAAUGGAUACACUCGAAGAAACCGCAGGGUUUAGGCGUUCUCAACGGCAAGUUGAAUCUUGAGUACCGAAUCUCAGACGACAACGCCACAAUGUACCGAGCGCUGCAGAUCAUCAAUCCUACGACAGAACUGUCCGGGGAGUACAAGUGCACUGUGUCCACCUUUGAUGACGAGAGAUCGCAGACCAGAAAAAUGAUUAUUUACGUCCCGGAGAAGAGUUUGGUACUGACGCAAACCAAGCUGAAAGAACACAAAGCUGUGAAUAUCACAUGCAAAGCUGAAGGCGUUUUUCCGGAGCCCGAGCUGGCCAUUCACAGCACGGAACGGCCUGGCACACACGAUAUACAAUUUGAAACGAUUCCAAGGAACGGAGUAUUCGACGCUGUGGCGUCAGUAAUAGUCAAUGACUCUGACCUUGAAGAUUCGACUAAGUUUGAGUGUGAACUGAAGAUACCAGAAACAAAUUACACAGUCAAGAAAACGGUAACCCUCACACUGGGCCCCCCUACUACCACCACACCAGAGCCAUCUUCGACCACAGAAUUAGUUCCUGCCGCUAACCCCAAUGUCG